AAGUUAGUGGAAUCCCACUACCAAGUCUACCACUAGUGUCAUAACCUUGCUUCAACACCUUCUUCAUUCACGAUUCCGCGUUGCCUUUGGUAAACAUUGUUUUGUUCUGCUUCCUAGCCACGCAUUUUGCAGAUCCGAUUCAUGGAAGAGACUAUUCCAGUGAUUGAUCUUGAGAAGAUUUCAGAGCAAUCCGAAUGCCAAAAACUAAGAGAAGCAUGUGAAAGAUGGGGUUGUUUCAGAAUCAUCAACCACUCUAUUCCUUCCACCCUUAUGUCUGAUAUGAAGAUCGUUGUUCAAGCUCUUCUUGAUCUUCCUAUGGAUAUCAAGAAAAACAACAAAGAUGUCAUUGCUGGUAGUGGUUACAUGGCACCAAGUGCUGUCAAUCCUCUCUAUGAAGCUUUAGGCCUCUAUGAUUUAGGUUCUUCACAAGCUGUGCAUGAAUUCUGCUCUCAAUUGAAUGCCACACCUCAUCAAAGGGAAAUAAUGGAGGCAUAUGGCAAAGCAAUACAUGAUUUGGCAGUCAAAAUAGGACAAACGAUGGCUGAAUCACUGGGCAUAGGUAGUGCUGAUUUUGAGGACUGGCCUUGCCAGUUCAGAAUUAAUAAAUAUAGCUUCACCCAAGAAUCUGUAGGGUCCCCUGGAGUCCAAUUACACACAGAUUCAGGGUUCCUAACAAUUCUUCAAGACGAUGAAAAUGUUGGCGGUCUUGAAGUGAUGGACAGUUCUGGAUCAUUUGUUUCAGUCCCACCAUUUCAUGGAACCCUCCUUGCCAAUCUUGGAGAUAUUGCUAAAGUAUGGAGCAAUGGAAGGUUUUACAAUGUAAAGCACCGUGUACAAUGCAAGGAAGCUACCACACGCUUUUCAAUUGCUACAUUCAUGUUGGGACCGAGGAAGGGAAAUGUUGAGGUUCCAACAGAGGCGGUGGACCAUGAUCACCCACGUCUAUAUAAACCUUUUGUUUAUGAUGAUUAUAGAAAGCUCAGAGUUUCGAAAAAGAUGCACACUGGUGAAGCCCUUGAGCUAUUACGCUUGGCGUAAAGAUUUGAGAAUAUUAGGACUUCAUCCUCUCUACUGGGCAUGCGAAUCUUGUUGAUAGUCAUUUUUUUUUAAUCCAACACUCCAUGGCCAUGUCACAAUUCACAAAUAAGUAUUAGUACAGUGUACAUCCGUGUGUACAUGUAGUUGAUUCUAUGAUACUGAUUGCAAGCUAUUAGAGAAUGAUAGUUGGGAAAAUUGGUGAUACUCUGUUUUUACCAUUUGAUAUUAUUUGAUGUAAGGAUUACAAAGUAGAGCACAAUUAUAUAUAGUGCUGAGAUGAAUACAUUACACACAGAUCCUAACUAAACUAACUCUGGCAGUAGAUGAUUAUAACAUAUUCUAUAACAGAAGACUGUUUAUAUGA